AUGUACGCCUUUGUGCGGUUCCUGGAGGACAACGUCUGCUACGCGCUGCCCGUUUCCUGCGUGCAGGACUUCAGCCCAACGUCCCAGCUCGACUUUGACAACCAGAAGGUCUACACGGUGUACCGCAAUCCCGAGGAGGCGGAGGAGGACGAGGAGAGCCCCGGCGAGUGGGGUGACCGUCUGCUGCUCCACAAGGCCCAGAUCCUGGCGCUGGCAGAGGACAAAACUGACCUUGAGAACAGUGUGAUGCAGAAGAAAAUUAAAAUCCCCAAACUCUCUCUCAAUCAUGUAGAAGAAGCUGGGGAGGUUACAGAUUAUGGGGAAGAAGAUGCGGAGCUUAGACACAGUAAGAGACAAGAUGGAAGGAAACAAAGUGAAGGUACACACAAAAGCAUUGAAGCAGUUGUUGCUCGCCUCGAAAAACAGAAUGGAAUGAGUCUCAGUAGUACUUCCAGCCCCGAAGAGGUUUUUAUGGAGGCUUCAGAAGGCAUGAACAACAUGGACGAUGCUGUAGUUCCUCGGAUUCUGUAUGAAGAAUUGCUGAGGAGUUACCAACAGCAACAGGAAGAAAUGAGACACAUUCAACAGGAGCUUGAAAGAACGCGGAGACAGCUCGUGCAACAGGCAAAGAAGCUAAAGGAGUAUGGGGCACUCGUGUCAGAAAUGAAAGAGCUCAGAGACUUGAACAGGAGACUCCAGGAUGUACUGCUUCUAAGACUAGGUAGUGGACCUGCCAUUGAGCUUGAAAAAGUAAAAGCAGAAUCAGUUGAGCCUGAACCUGAGGUACAGAAGACCUUCAAUGAAGAAGCAAAUACAUCAACGUACUUUCCUGCCCCUGUUCCUGUAAUGGACAAGUAUAUUCUCGAGAAUGGAAAGGUCCAUCUUGGCAGUGGAAUUUGGGUAGAUGAGGAGAAAUGGCACCAGCUGCAAGUAACACAAGGAGAUUCAAAGUAUACAAAAAAUCUAGCGGUUAUGAUUUGGGGAACAGAUGUUCUCAAGAACAGAAGUGUCACAGGAGUUGCAACCAAAAAAAAGAAAGAUGCCGUUCCCAAGCCACCUCUCUCACCUCACAAAUUAAGCAUUGUCAGAGAAUGUUUAUAUGAUAGAAUAGCACAAGAAACUGUGGAUGAAACUGAAAUUGCACAGAGACUCUCCAAAGUCAACAAGUACAUCUGUGAAAAAAUCAUGGAUAUCAAUAAAUCGUGUAAAAAUGAAGAAAGGAGGGAAAGUGCAAAGUACAAUUUGCAAUAA